AUGGAAAAGAGUUCGGACGCUAUCACGUCGCAAGUAAAUUCUAGACAAGUGGCUUUGCUUUCAUGUGGCACGUUUAGUCCACCAACUUAUAUGCACCUUCGAAUGUUUGAACGUGCUCGUGACUACCUCAAGAAAAUACAUGGAUGGGAAGUCGUUGAAGGUAUUAUGAGUCCAGUAGCGGAUAGUCUUGGUCGACCUGAUAUAGUACCGGCUAAACACAGGCUGAAAAUGGUAGAAUUGGCUGUCAAAUCAUCAUCCUGGAUCAGAGCAGAUGGAUGGGAAUGUUCACAAGGUGAUUGGAUAAGGACAAUUCAUGUUUUGCAUCAUUUCAAGAAAGUAUUUAAUCGUAAAUAUAGGAGUGAAAAUUGCAAAGUACGAUUAUUACUACUCUGUGGUGGUGAUGUUAUCGAAAGCAUUACAAAGUUGGCCGUUUCCGACAUUAUGCUGUGGAAUACUAAGCAGAUCGAGGAAGUUGUCCGAGAUUUUGGUAUGGUUGUAGUGAUGCGAGCAAACACUGAUCCUGUUAGUGCUAUCUAUCUUGCAGAUGUGCUCCAUACUUACCAGAAGAAUAUAUUUGUGAUUGAAGAUGAAACUUGUCCGAAUGACAUCAGUUCGACACGUUUAAGAACAGCUAUUCGGCGUAAAGAAUCGAUACGAUACUGCACGAGUGAUGAAGUUAUUCAAUACAUUGAGGACAAUUCUCUUUACGGAGCCACAUCAUUACCAGCUAUGCGAAUGAAGCUGCAAAAUAUCUGUAAAUCGGCCAGUUCAUCAAAUAUAUCGUCAAGCAGUACCAUUGCUUCCCGUGGAAACUGUUUAAGACAUCCGAAUUUCAGUCUUUUACCGUUGAAGCAAACUAUUGUCAAUACUGAGGAAGAUAAUCACAAAGCAAUUCGUACCCAUUCUUUAGAGGUACCAAAACAAUCUAAGCACGCACAUUUUUGGUCGUCAGAAUCUCCAGAUUUUCAUAAUUUGACCUCGAAGUCAUUUACUGCAAGCACCGAUUGGGCUGAUUACUUUGGUGUCAAAAAAGAUGAACUCUUCAAGUGUGUGGAAAAAAAGAGAUUGAUAACAUCGCAGAUUACUGAUGUAUGCAAUGAACAAGCUAAUUUUCAAAUGAAGAUGUUAUUAGCGCUGCAGGGAAGAAACUAUGAAAUACAAACUAAGCGACGCUCAAUAGAUACAGUCUCAUGUAGCGUUGGAAAUUUGACAACCGAAAUCUCGUUAAAAAAAGAAGACAAAGGCCAUUCCUUAUCCUAUGCACGGUCUGAAGAAGAAAAUGAAGAGAGUAAUAAUGUGACACUUAUUUAUAGAAAGUAUAAGUUGUCUUCAACUCCUGAAACUACUGUAUAG